UUUCAGGCGACGCGCUCCCCUCUGUCGGAACGGCGCGAUGGCCGCCGCCGUUGCGAGGGUGCCCGGCGGCGGAGGGAAGAUCCUUUUUCUCCUGCGCAAUGCAGUGCGAACCUAUAUUUCACAGACAGAUGGGGAAGUCAGGGUGAUGCGAGUCCUUAAGGAGAAGUUUCCACGAGCUGCUGCUAUCAAAGUAGUGGAUAUAUCAGGUGGCUGUGGAGCAAUGUAUGAAAUCCAUAUCGAAUCUGAAGAGUUUAAGGAAAAGAGAACAGUACAGCAGCACCAAAUGGUCAAUCAGGCCCUAAGUGAAGAAAUUAAAGCCAUGCAUGGACUACGGAUAUUCACUUCUGUUCCCAAGCACAGAAGCUAGGACUGGCUAAUGGCCCACAGGGUUUGUGACUGUCAGGAGGUGGAAGGGUGCUGAGAAGAUGUUUGUAUUUCCACCCUCCCAUGCUUUCCCCACUCAUACUACAAAUAAAAUCACUAUGCUGGUGUACAGUAAAACAUGGAUACCAAA